AUGUAUUUAGGGUUGGUGUUAUCAUUAUUUGUUUCACAGAUUUUGCAUCAAGUAAGCGCUCAUCCUAUCAACAGUGAUAAUUCAGUUUUCAUAGAUAACCGCGACCCCACCACGCCAAUUGACCCUGAGAUCUAUUCCAAUCUAUACACAUAUGCACAUUUAAUCGAUAUAUCAUAUUGUAUUUCUGAAGUUAACAGGAUUGAGGAGCCAUUUAAAUGCAACUUGAAUUGUGAAAAGAGAUUCCCAAACAUUUCCUUGGUUUAUCAGUUUUAUUUUGACGAGUCAGUUACGGGGUACAUUGCCAAAACAACUUCAAAUAUUUUUAGAUAUAAUGAAACCAUAUCAGAAGAUAUAAAAACAAUAAUUGUUGCACUAAGGGGGACAAGAUCCAUAUUUGACACUUUAACGGAUUUGAAAGUUGAUAUGAUACCUUAUUCAAAUAGUGGCACCAAACUACCACUUUGUGGAUAUGAUUGUAAAGUUCACAGAGGGUUUCAUGAUUACUAUACGAGAACCUUAUCUAUUAUUCACCCUUAUAUAAUUGAGGAGCUAAAUAAUUAUGUUGGAGUCGACAAUUAUGAAUUGAUUAUUUUAGGUCAUUCUUUGGGUGGAUCUAUUGCAUAUCUACUAGGUUUGUAUUAUCUAGAUAUGGGGUUUGACAAGCUUACAUUGGUUACAAUGGGUCAACCUUUGCUAGGGAAUGAAAAUUUUGUAAGUUGGGGAGAUAAGGUGUUGGGGAGCGUGAAUGAAGCGAAACAUAACGAAUUUAAAAGAAAGUUCUUGAGAGUUAUUCACAAGAAUGAUGUGAUAACAACAUUACCCAGGGAUCAGAACAUAUUUAAUCGGUAUUGCCAAUUUAAUAAUCAAAUAUAUUUAAACUGUUCUGAGUCUAACACGAGACCCAGUAUUGAUGAAGUGAUUGAUUGUUAUGAUGGAACUAAUAAUCAAUGUAUUGCCAAAGAUUUCCCAUUCUUGGUGUUUGAAAGACGUAAUUAUUUACAAAUACAUAUCAAUUAUUUCCGACAGAUGGGUUUAUGUGGAAUAUUGAAGUGA